UUCCCAAGGUCAUUCCCAACCCUUGCCCUUCCAGUGUUGAUGGGGGUGUGGUCUUCUCCAUAUUUCCUUGAUUAGGGUAUUAUUUUCUGCUUUGAUUGUUUGCCAGGUAUUAAUUCCUGCUUUAUCUGGGUGUGGAGUGGUGGAGAGGAUCUGUUUAUGCUGUAUGUUGCAGGUGACUCCUAUGUUUUUUUUCCUGGGGCUGCUAGGUCCCCUGAUCCACUUUGGAGAGUUUUAGUUGAUUUGUGCCAUGUGGUUUUAAUAAUCUUUUACUUUUUUUCUGAGAUGUUUCUGGCAUUGGCAGUGCUAUCUUUUUCAUCGCUUGUGUUGAUUGUAUUGUUACUGGAUUGAUUGGUCAGGCACUUUGAUAAAAUUAUGGGUAUCCAUUUCACUGGAAGGGUUUGUAUAGGUGGUCUGUUUUCUUUUUUGGUUGUUCUUGUGUAGCAGGUGUGUAUUUGUGCUCAUCCGAAUAAUGUUCUUACACAGCUUCUCUUUUAGGAGGUUGGGUUGUUUCUUCGAUAGCGGAACACUUCGUGUGGGUGAUUAAUUCUAUGCUGAGUUGGAUUCAUAAUGGCUUAUAUAGCGUACUAUCUAUUUCCUCCUUGCAAGUGCUGUCAUUUAAAAAUGGCAGAGCUAUACUGUUGCUCAACAAUUUUGUGAUUGCACAUCUGAUUUUUCCUGGAGGAGAACUGGGGGAAGAGGUGGAAGGCUGCUUUAGACUUGAUUUGCCCCCACAAACUUUGGAAAGGACAGUGAAUGUUACUUUCUGCAGAGGUAUCCUCUUCUUGCUGGAUGAGACCGGAUGGAUACAUAUAUUUGGCGCUAGCGAUGGUGCCUAUUUGGCCCACAUCAGUGUCGCUCUCUAUCAGUCACGGGGGCAAGAAGAGAGGAAGCAGGACAUGCCGUUUCCUCUUGGGCAGCUGAGUAUAUCAUACGAUCUCAGCACCGCUGUGGUUGUCAGCCACUCCAGUUGUGUGGCUGCUGUUGACCUCAACUUGUACUUCAGAGAAUUCCCUGACCAUUUGUUUUGCAAGCGAAGCUUUGAAAAUCUUUCUGCGCAACAGUUGGAGGGAGUGGAUGAAGAUGACCUCAAUAGUUCAAGUUACAGCAUGAAGUUCUUGCAACCUUCAUUCCAGACUGACAGAUCCUGGAAGACACACGUACUAUCUCUGGAUGAUACACGCGCAGACAAUUAUUUUCCACAUUUGUGUUCAGAUGUUGAGUUGCCUUGGUAUCAGCAUCUUCUGCACUUAGAGCCAAUGAAGUCUAAGGCUUUGGACACUUCUGCAGCGUCCCUCUUUCAAGAGGUUGCAUUUGUUCUUUCAAGCUCCAGAGGGAAAGAUAAUAAAAGCACUGAAGAGAGGCGAUGGAAGAAUGUACAUUUGGGUGACCUAGAAAAACGUGGGAGUCUUGAUUGUAAACACGUGACUGGUUUUCACGUGCUCUUCACUGCCUCAAGUGAAAGUGAAGGACUGACUCUGGUCCUGUGGGAUUUGGUGACACAGGGCAUCACGCAGUCUUGUGUGGGGAAAAACUCCUUUUUCGUGGAAUAUACCAGGGAGGAACCGCUAUGGCUCGUCCUUUCAGAGACUGGCCUCUUUUUGUUCCUGUUUGGCUUUACCCAAGAGGAAUUCUUGACCAGGCUGAUCAUCUACGGAAGCGCCAGCACUGUAGACUCCCUUUGCUGCCUCAAUAGGUGGGGGAGGUGUUCGAUUCCUGUACAUGCCUUAGAGGCUGGCUUAGAGAACCGACAGUUGGACACUGUGGAUUUUUUCCUAAAGAAUAAAGAGAACCUUUUCAGUCUGUCUACAGCAAGCUCUCUACAGGAUGAACCUGCAAAUAUUAUGUCAGACUUUUACUUGAAGAGUGUUGAAGAACUGAGGCCAGCAUUGGAUUUACUGUGUAAGGCAAUUCAAGAAAAUGAUGUGGAAACCCAGAGCAAGCAUUUCUCUGAGCAGCUGUUGAACCUCACCUUAUCUUUUCUUAACAAACAUCUCCGUGAGAUUUUUACCCACAGAGAAGAAUUGGAUGAAAAUAUGCUGCAGUGUGUUGACAUUUUCACCAGCUACAUCAUUAAACUCAGGACAUUUAUGAUCAGGUUUCCUCAUAAGCCAUCCGGUGCCAUGAGCCAGCCCUGGGAUUCUGAAGACAACCUACCCCAAAUGGAGCAGAGCCACUGGGAAAAAUUUGAUUCAGAGCAAGCUGUUACUGAAGCCCUUCUAAGCAACAGAGUGCCAGAGGCACAAAUCUUUUUCCGUCUGACUCACAACCCUGCCCAGGAUCUUGGGCAGCUAACCUGGAUAGGUCUGGAGAUGGCCUACAAAAGCCUCCUGAAGGAUGACAUAAAUGAAGCUUCCAGACUUUUAAGGAACAUGGGCCUCAGUGUGAAGCAGCAACUGCACAAAAUAUGUUUCUACACAACUGAUUACCAUGUCCGGGACUUUCUAGUGAGCGUGCUACAAGAUGAAGAUGUUCUUCCUGAAACAGAGAAGGAAAUGGUAGACUUUGUGCAUGAGGUAGAAAAUAUUUAUUCAGGCACCUUCCAAACACAGGAAAAGAAUGCAGCCUGUUGCAGAUCUUGGAGAAAAGAAGCAGACUGUAUCGAUGUUACUUCUUUGGAUUCCUUUCUGAAUUGCACUCAAGACAGAAUUCAUAACCGGGAACACAGGAUGAUGCUAAACUGGGCUCAGGGGUGGAAUCCAUCCACACGGGAAAGGAUCCUUCUCCCCGCGAGAGCUCAGGAAGGGGAAUUUCAGUUCUGUAAUCCUGAGGCUCUCUGGAUGUAUUUGUCGUCUUGGCACGAUUGGGAGAAUAUCAGAUGGUGGAUUUCUGAUUCUCAACUCGAAGGCAGCCCUGCAAAAUGGCCCCCCCUCCCUUUAGAAGCCAUCGGUCAAAGUGCCUUAUGCAGCCCCUACUUGCGCAAUGAAGUCUUGGACACCCUAGCUAGAAACGGGACUUUUGUGCCCGCAGAACUGGAAGACUUUGAAGGCCUCCUGCAGAGGACGGCUUGUGCCGGAGGGGUGAUGCAGGAGCCCCAUCCUCUCCCGGACUACGUCUCUGCAGGCGGCUUAGAUUUCCACACCUGCUUUGUCCUCUACUGCUUAGAACGGGGGUUGGACCAUCUCCUCUACUCCUACUUGGAUUACUAUCGUUUAUUUUCAUCAGACUGUCUCAUUUUGAACGAUACAGACCUGCGUGAAGCACACCCUUGGUUUGAAUUUUUAGUGCAAUGUUGGGACAUUGCCAACCAUCCUGGAGAUACAGACAGGAUUUUCCAGGCUAGCCUAGCCAAUGCCCAGAUCUCCAUUCCCAGCAACCAGGCCAGUGUGAGCACCAUGCUGCUGGAGGGACGCACUCUCCUUGCCCUGGCUACCACCAUGUUCGCCGGGGGAGGGAUUGACCAGAUGGUCCAGAAGGGAGAUGGAAGAGAGAAGGUGGAUGCGCAGCUCUUCAGGAUGGCACUUGCUCCUUACCCCAAGCUCAGAGCUGCCCUCUUCCCUCAGACCACUCCUCAAGGAAUCUCCCCUUCCGACCUUUCUCUCUAUCACCUUCUUCAGUGCUUAGCUCCAUUUGAUUCCACCAAGUUGUUUGGCUGGCAGUCGGCAAAUACCCUGGCCAUUCCUGAUAUUUGCAGUGACCUGCCUCACUUCUCAUGCUCGGCUCUAGUAAGCAAGCAUGCCAUCAUCGAGCAUCUUGACUUCUCCUACUACUUGUAUCACGAGCGCCCUUCGUUUGCCUUCGGAGCGUUUUUAGCUCAGCAGCUGUCAAAGAGCAACCGCCCAAAGGAGCUGGUUCAGCAGGUGGCUAAGGAAGCCUCCUCCGUGGCCCUCUCCCUGUUCUAUGCCCCUUCUCUCGCUGCCACCUCCGUCUGCUUCUUGGAAAUGCUGGGCCUGUCGAGUCUGGAACUCCGAGUGGACAUUAAAGCCGCCAACGUGAUUUUGCGCUUCAUGUCCAGGAGGGAGGAGCCACAGCACCACUCCAUCCGGCAGUCCUUGGUUGAAAAGCUAGGAGAGCUGGCCGAUGGAGAAAAAGCGGCAGCUGAAGAUCUUCUGGUCUGCUUAGAGGAAGCCGUCUGGGAUAAGGUUGACCAUCAAGAGAUUAAAAAGACCUCGAGCGAGGCGAGGAAUCACUGGUCCUUGGUCAUCCAGUUUUGCCAGCUGCACCAUAUCAAGCUGAGCACGUCAUACCUGAGGGCCUGUGCGCGUUCGAAAGAAUGGCUGCAAUUUGUGACUGAAGCACAAAUGUACAGCUACCAGCCGGCGGAGGUGAUCCCUCUCCUCCGGGACUUCCCCCUGCCCCUGCAGGACCACUUGGAAUUGGCCCUGGGGCACUUGCAGCCUCCAAGGCAGGGGGGCUUGCAGGGGAAGGAGCAGAAGUCGCAGGGCCUGUUCCAGGUCCUGCUCCAGAGCCAGGAGCAGCCGUGCCCUUGGCGACACCUCUUGGCUGCCUCGGUGAAGCACCACUUGCCCGUCCUGAGCGUGCUGGCUGCUGGCUUCCAGGACGCCAGCCUCCUCCCCUGUCUCUGUGUUUGGAUAAUAACUUCCCUGGACAGUUCUGCCGCCAGUGAGGUGAUCGGGCACAUUGAAGGCAGGGCUGAAACCCACCAGUGGGGCCUCCCGGACUUGGCCCUCCUCUGGCAGUGGCUGCUGAAGAGGCAGAAGGCCAGGAUCCUCCUUCACGGCUUCCAGCUCUUCCUGGAGGACUCCCCUCUGCUGAUAAUGCUGGAGGUGUAUGAAUUGUGCAUGGACUACAAAAAUUACACCCAAGCCAAGAUCAAACUGCUCACGUUUCAAGACAACCUUUCAAAACUUCAAGCCCAGGGCGAGCUGCCCGUCCUCCCUGGGCCCUGGCUGGAGAUGCAGGCCUCCUUCCUACUCGACCUGAUGCUGCACCAGUGCAGGACAGAGUACGAAUUCAGAAAACUCCUCCAGCUGCUUGCAGAUGCAGGAACUGCUCUUCUCCAUGGACCAGACCUGAAGAAGCUCAGUGCCCUCGGUGCCAUCCUGAAAGAUUCACCCACCUGCAUCAGCCGGACUCUGCUGAGGAGCUACAGCUGUGAGGGGUUCCGGGAGGAGUGCCGGAGGAUCCUGGAGCAGCUGCAGGAGAGCAGCUCUUUCUCUGUGGCUCGCAGGGUAGCAGAGCUGGCAGCACUGCCAGUGGACAACGUUGUCAUUCAGGAGGUGCUCCAGAACCUCCUCCUCUUGAAACAGGUUGGCCACUGGACUCAAAAACGGACAAGAGUUGAGUUCUGGAAAAAGUGCCACGAGACCUACGUGCAAAACGCCAUCUCGAAUCAAGCAGCCUCCGGCUUCUUCUCAGCCCAGGCAGACUUGGUCUCGGAGGGCCUGGAGGAUGAGAGGGCACCCAGCAUCUCAGAGAGGCAACUCCUGCUUACGCUGGCUGGAUACUGGCUGGCCAGAAGCGACCCGGUUCCUGUGGGUGAUCUGGAGAGGAUAGAGAGGGAAAUUUGGCGGUGCCGCAUCAGGCGACAAGGGCAGAUGGAGGCCAGAGGUUCUCCCCAGAUUUCCAUCAGCAGCGAGCCGUCCUUCGACUCCUUGGCCAAGGAAUUCUGCUUUUCUAAGGUCGCUGCUUUAAACACCCCGAAGUUCCUGGAGCUCAGAGCUUUCCCUUCCCAGGAUGCGACCCCAGUCGGGCUUUCUGAAGCUGAAGUGGCGUCCCUGGCUUUCCUGAUUGGGCGUCUUCUGGAUGAAGGAAGCGUGCAUGAAGUUGCCAGGGUUUGCCGCUAUUUCAGCUUCUACAGCAGAGACGUCGCCCUGAUUUUGCACUGCCGCACGCUGGCCUUGGGGGAGGAGGCCCAGGGCUGCUUCCACCCCCAGAUCCAGGCUCUCCUGGCAGCUGAGGACAGCCAGAGGCGCAGGGAAGCGGCAGCGGAGAAGAAACGGUUGAGUUCUUCAAGCCUCGAUUCCUGGUCCUCCAUGGGGGGCUCCUCUCCGGAUAGCGGAGUUGUCGGCAGCCUGCGUACUUUAGUUGCCGAAUGUGUGCAUGGUCGGAAUUACUGCCGGCAGACCCUCUACCUUUACCAACUCUCCAAAGAGCUGGGCUGCUCCUUCAGUGAGAUCGCCGUCCACGAUUCAGAGAAGCUGCUCCAGGCAAUCCUGUCCUCCCAGCAGCCAGACUGGUACAAGAAGGCCCAGGCCUUCAUCACCAACCAGGGGCUGGAGCCAGGGGCCGUGGCUGAGCUGGUGGCAGAGGAAAUCACACGGGAGCUGCUGGAGCCUUUGGAAGGAAGAGGCAAGCAAACUCCGGCCCUGAACCCUGCGGAGGAGAGCCAGAGGUUCCUGCAACUGGCCAAGCUUUGCCAGGACCACACACUGGUCGGCCUGAAGCUGCUGGAGAAGGUUUCCUCUGUGCCCCACGGGGAACUUGCCUGCACCGUGGAGCUCCUGAUUCUGGCCCACAACUGCUUCAGCUUGACGUGUCACAUGGAGGGCAUCACCCGUGUCCUCCAAGCUUCCCGGCUGCUCACGGACGAUCACUUGGCACCAGAGGAAGAGUUCGGCCUCGUGGUUCGCCUUCUCACCGGGAUUGGCAGAUACAGUGAGAUGACCUACAUCUUCGACCUGCUGCAUGAAAAGCAUUACUUUGAGGUGCUGAUGAGAAAGAAGUUGGACCCGAACGGGACCCUGAAGACGGCUCUGCUGGACUACAUGAAGCGCUGCCGGCCGGGAGACAGUGAGAAGCACAACAUGAUUGCCCUCUGCUUCAGCAUGUGCCGGGAGAUCGGGGAGAACCACGAGGCAGCAGCCAACGUCCAGCUGAAGCUCAUUGAAUCUCAGCCAUGGGCCGAGAGUCUUCAGGAUGUGCCAAGCUUGAAGAAGCUCCUGAUGAAAGCUCUGACCCUCUUCCUAGAUGCCACCGAGAGCUACUCCAAGGACUUCUGCGUGUGCCAGUCCUUGCGCUGCAAGAGGUUGACCAGGCUCAUCACCCUGCAGCUCCACUUCCUGGCUUCUCCGCACAAGACCCAGCUGAUCAACCUGAGGCGGGAGAGCUUGCUGCCCUGCAUCCUGGCCCUGCCCAGGUUCUACCAGGCAGCUGUGGUGGCCGAGGCCUAUGACUUCACUCCAGACUGGUCAGAGGUGCUCUAUCAGCAGGUCAUCCUGAAGGGCGACUUCAACUAUCUGGAGGAGUACAAGCAACAUGAGCUGCUCAGGACUGGCACAUUCGAAGAGAUCACCCACAAAGUCAAGCAGCAGGCAGCAAAUGAGUCUGCUGUGAGGAACCUGAAGCAGCUCUUGACCCACUGUGAGGACAUUUAUGUCUAUUACAAGCUCGCCUAUGACAACCAGUUCUACGAUGUGGUCCACUUGCUCUUGAAUGACGCCCAAACAGGCUGCUGUCUCAACGAUUUACUGGCCAAUUAGCUUGUCCUGGCUGGCCAAAGUAGAACUGCAAACAAACUAGACAAGCCAGAAAAAAGCAACUUAGGGAGCUACAUUUUCAGCCAUUCAGAGGAAAAAGAUUAGCCAAGAUGCUCUUUUUCAAAUGGCGUGAACUACACAAAACAGAAGAUCAUUAAUCUGGGACUUGGUGUCAAAUACAUUGACUUCUGGAGUCAGGCUGAAACGCAGCUGCCGUGGGAUUAAAACAACUUCACAUUGAAGACCAUCGUCCUUGGCUGAAGCUUCGAGAUACUUUUGAAUGAUCUCGUGACCAGAGAGCAAAACAUAACUAAAUUCGACUUGGGAGUAUUUCAGAACUAUUUUUUUCUUCUAUACCAGAAGACAAGUAGCUUUUUCAGAUCUAUUUUUGGAGCUGUGAGUUGAAGCAUUAUAGCUCUGUCACUUUUUCAGGAACUUGCAAAGGUGGGCAGCUCUACCUUGUGGUGGUAGCUGUGUGCAAGGAUGCGUCGGGCAUAUAUGAAUGGCUCAAAGAACCAGAAAAUGCUCUUCUGCUAAUUUGGAGUGUGGGAAAAGCUGGUCAAUUUAGACACUGGGAGAGGUGGCUAAGCGGUUGCAGCCUAGCAUCCAAGGCUGGUUAGAUCUCCCGCCCUGGGAGGCCAUGGCAGUAAAGGAUUCCCCCUUGCUUUUUCCUCUCCCUUCAGAACCAUUGGGAUUGGUCUUGGUGGUGGCUACUGAUUACUGUCCUGUCUUUAAAGGUAAUACAGUUUAGCCAUCUGCAUGUUUAGAAAGAGGAGCCAUUAUUGGAUUUGCUCAUGUCUUGAGAAAUUACCUGUGGGCUUUUUUUGAGAAUCAUUCCAGUCACUGGCUAUUAAUGGGGGGCAGCCUCAGUCCGAAGAUGGGAGGGUGUGGCCAGAACUGCCCAAUCCACAUGAUCCCUUGAGUGGGGUGAGAAGAGUCGCCGCUUCCCUUGGCAAUUUGGUCCCUUGUCAACAAUUGUUAAUGUCCACGGGCAAAGCACAAGCUGACCAAAAAUCUCAGUCCUCACAAUAGUGAUUUUAUUAAAUUAGUUGCUUUUAUAAAACA